AAAUCGAAGAAGACCCACUUCGGUGUAUUUUAGCAGUAAAACCUCUUCCCUUCAUCUUUUCCGCCCUGUGGACCUCUAGACCAAAGACCUCCCAUAGGCACAGGCUUUUGUCACUUUCAAUAGCAAAGGAUAUGUUAUACCAGCUCCUGGGGACGGCGAGCAAGGGAGGAAGGGCAGCUCGAAGGUUACUCCAAGGUAGACCUGCUCUCAGGAUGGAAGGCUCGCGACCCAGCUCAGAUAUGGCCAAAUUUCGCGAGUAUUUCGCAAAGGCCAAGCAUGUCGUUGUGUUAACAGGUGCCGGAGUAUCUGCAGAAUCAGGCGUCCCAACCUUUCGAGGAGCUGGAGGAUUUUGGCGUACUUGGCAGGCUCAGGAUCUGGCCUCUCCCCACGCAUUCCGAGCAAAUCCGUCGUUGGUGUGGGAGUUCUACCAUUACCGCAGGGAGGUGAUGAGUACUAAAGAGCCGAACCCUGCACACAUAGCCAUCGCAGAAGCAGAAAAACGUCUCGCUGCAGAAGGUCGCCGACUGGUUGUCAUAACACAGAACAUAGACGAGCUACACAGGAGAGCUGGAUCCACAGAAAUCUUAGAGCUCCAUGGAUCACUGUUUCGUACUCGCUGCACUAACUGUCUUGAAAUUUUGGCCAAUAGGGACAGUCCUAUUUGUGCAGCACUGGCAGGAAAGGGAGCUCCUGACCCUAAAGCUGAGGAUGCCAGAAUUUCGGAAGCAGAUUUACCGAGAUGCAAGUCAUGCUCUGGGCUGCUAAGACCGGAUGUAGUAUGGUUUGGUGAAGGCCUAGAUCCAGUAGUGUUGGCAAAGACAGACAGAGAGCUGGACUCCUGUGACCUAUGCUUGGUGGUGGGUACCUCGUCUGUUGUGUAUCCAGCUGCCAUGUUUGCACCCAGUGUUGCUAGCCGAGGAGUUCCUGUGGCCGAGUUCAACUUGGAAUCCACACCAGCCACCGAUGCUUUUGGGUUUCAUUUUGAAGGACCAUGUGGCACAACACUUCCUGUUGCACUUGCACCUUAGUUCAGAAAGUAACAAGUUAAGAAACUGAAGGAAAUAGUUUUUGUCCAUCAGUAUAGAAAUUAUCCACAAGCAUUAAUGGCCUGUGAUACUGCAUAUUACACAGCCAUAUAGGAAACAUUGUUUAAGACACCAUCUAAGGUCAAUAUGAUUAUAGAAACCUUUGAUCCAGGGUUCCAUGUAGUGAGUCACUAGGCACUGGAUUCCUCCCACCAGGAGAAUACAUGAGUCUCCCCUCCAAUGUGCCCAUGAGCGGAAAGACUGAAUAGAAUACACUGCAUGCUAUCCCACCCGGAAACCUAUCUCAUCCAUGGAAGAAAAAAGUCAUAAAUACCCCCUUCAAGGUUGUAAGGAAUGCCUGUUUCAGCCUCAUGAGCUCUGCUCUAACCCCAUGUUAGCUUGGGUUGUAUUUUGUUUUAUUUUUAAUAGUUUUACAUUUUUGAGACUUGCCAUUUCCCAAUUUUAUGAGUGGAAGAUAUGGAUAUAUCAUGGCUAGACUAAUGUUUUAUAUAUUGAGGGGAAAAGAUGAAUAAAACACGGAGCUCUGCAGAGCUGCACGAGUAUAUGCUGGAGGAGUGUACAACAAUAAUGUAACAUUAGGGUUACAUAUGCAUGCAAUAUAUGUAGAGGGAUAUGUUACUAAUAUUAUAAUAUAAAAUUGAUAGAACAUAUAAUUAUAAGUAAGAUAAUUAUGGUUUAUCAUAUGACAAUUAAAGAACUGAUUUUUAUAGAUAUGAAGAGAGGUGGAAGACCCUUUGCUCUAUUUGUAAAUAAAUAUAUAAUAUUUUUGUUCUUUCUUUGGCUCUUCUAUUAGGAUAAAUCAUCUUUGGAUUUUGGAUAUAUAAAGGUACGAAAAGGAACAAUGUGAUGACACGGGAAGAAUCAGUGGAAAUAUGAAAGGAAAACAUAAUUCAUUAAUUUAUUGCAGAAAACUGAUCAUGGUCUAAUAACCUUUUUGUAUAUAUGUGAAGAGAUGCUCUUUUUAGAUUUUAAACAAUAUUUCUGAAGAAAUUAUUGAUAUUAAAGGGAAAAUGGGUAUGACAUAUAAUUUGGAAUUUAUACCAAAGAUAACUGAAUAUCGAGUGGACACAUGCACAUGCGCACGCGCGCGUGCACACACACACACACACACACACACACACACACACACACACACACACACACACACACACACACACACACACACACACACACACACACACACACACAUACACACACACACACACAUAAACACACACACACACACCACUUUAGCGAGAGGUCUUCUCCUUUAUCACAGAUACAUGGGUUCCAAUCCUGAACUCCGUUGGUGACAGCCCACCCUUAUCCCCCCCCCCCCUCUCACUUUCACUCUCUCACUCUCACUCUCACUCUCACUCUCAUCCAAGAGUUUGAGAGUUGAUAAUCUAAGUACAAAUACAUCUGUUGUCUUGUUCUGCAAAUGACAAAAAAAAAAAAAAAAUGUUGGACAGGUACUAUGGACAAACAUGUUGGGUCUGUGAUAUUUUCACUUCCUUGGUUUGUAAAAUGUAAAGCAUGAUAUUUGGUAACAUGAAAAUUGGUUUGGUAGAUGCUCGUGUGUAGUUGAAGUGUAACACUCAAUAUAUGUAUCUAAAAUUAAUUUGAGAUAGUUUUAAUGUUAUGUUUCAGGAAUUAAAUGAUACAAAAGUC